CGGACAGUCUACACGGAGUGAGGAGGAAACCAACCACUACGGCACAGAUUAGCCAGCUAACUAGAAAACUACGUGUGUUUACUAGCCUAGUGUGGUUAGCUAGUUUUGAGAAGACCGUUUUAAAUUCACAUUCACAGCGUUAGAUAUUUCGCUGAGUAUUUCUCCAGAGAAUGUCUGUCUGUCCGUGUUGUGCUGGUUGCUGUGACGUUAAGUCACUGUAAACAGCCGAGCUAAGAGGCUAAUGGUAAUGACUGCUUUGACUAACGUUAGCUGUGCGGCCGGCUUGUGGUCUGUGUAGCUGCUCUGCUGGCACAUAACCGUAGUUACGCUGUAUACGGACACGACAACGAAUGCAAGCUGUUGGACACCUGGUUCCUGUCAGCACUGUUGUGAACAAUUCGGACUCAGUAACCUUUUCCAGAAUGAGAGCUUUGUCCAGAGUGCAACCAUGAGUACUAAUGCGGAGAGAAAAUUUAUUAAUCUGCGAAAGCGUCUGGAUCAGCUGGGUUACAGGCAGCCGUUAGGCAUCGAGUCGUUGCCGCUGGUUGAAAAACUUUUUAGUGAUCUAGUCCACACCACUGAAAGUCUUCGGAAUGCCAAACUAUCAGCUGGGAAGACAGAGAAGGAGAGUCGGAAUCUUGAUGCUCUGUUGGAGCCAUAUAAGACGGAGAACGCUCGGCUGGUCCGAGAGAAUAAUGAGCUGCACUUGGGACUUCUCAAGCUGAAGGAAGACAAGGAUCGGACAACUAGAGAGCUGAAGGCUUACAUCAGGAAACUGGACCACGAGACAUCAGACCUAAAAUUCCUCAACAAUCAGUAUGUACACAAAGUUCGUGCCCUGGAGAAAGACAGCAAAGCCAAAAGUGAACGCAUCCAACAGCUACAAGAGAAGAACAUGCAAGCUGUAGUGCAGACACCAGGAGGAAAGAAAAGGCCAAUUCCUUUCAGACGCCAACGGAUGCAAAUAGAUGAUCUCCUCCCCCCCUCCCUUGGCCCCACCCCUCCAGCUGUGGCUCAGCCGGAUGACCCAUACAUUGCCGACCUCCUCCAGGUGGCUGAUGACAGGAUUCAGGAGCUGCAGCAAGAGGUGACGGCAGUGAAGUUGGAUCUUGAGAGAGCCCAGGGUGGAAUCAAACACCUCAACACACAGGUGGAGGAGCGAGAUAAAGAGAUUGAGCGUCUGAAUCGGGCUCUGGAUGGAGGUCGACCGUAUGAUGUCAUCUCUCUGGAGGCUCAAAACAUCAGUAGUGAAAAGCUCGUUGCUCACCUGAACCUACAGAUUGAGUACUUGCAGGAGACAAACAGGGCUCUGGAGCAGAAGAUAGAGGGACUGCACCACAGGAAGAAGACUGUUUCAAGUGAAAUGGCAGACCUGAGUGCCAGGAAUCAGGAGCUGUGCCACGAGCUCACCCAGAUAGACCAGCUAGCGCAGCAGUUAGAGAAAGACAAAGAGAUGGUGCUGGAGACUGCUGACAUGGAGCUUCAGGAGGCUAAGAAGGAGAUUCAGCGGCUACACAGACAAACGGAGGACCUGGAGGAGGUUAUCUCUAAAUUAAGACGGGACAUGGCAGAAGGUGAUCAUGAGAAGGACCGUCUGCGGGAUCAACUGGCAGAAAUGCAGGAGCAGAACGAUAAAAUGGAGGGAUUGCUGAAUUUCCUGGAGGAGGAAAAGAAGAGGCUACAGGAUAAAGUAGAGAAAAUGACACAAGCUGAUAAGGAAAUGAUUCUGGAGCUAGAGCGCAUGCGUGUUCGGCAUGGAAUGUGUGGCAAAGAGCGCUCCCCAUCUCGACUGGAUGCUUUUGUAAGAAGUUUGGAGGAAGAAAGGGAUCACUACAGACAGGAGGCAGAGAGAUACCGUAAAACAAGGGGAGGAUCAGACAGAAGUCCCAUCCCGAGUCCGUCCAGGGGCAGAAGUCCUAAAGGUCGAGGGAAUUGGCAAGCCUCGAGAGACAGUGCAGAUACUGAGCUGUCACGUGUUGUCAGGGAGAGAGAUGAGCUGCAAGCCAUGCUGCUGGGCUUUGAGAAACACAUGGAGGACAUCCAGACUAAAGUCAAACUGCUGACUGCUGAGAGAGACCAGCUCAGCACUCAGUAUCAACAGGCCCAAGACGAUCUGAAGAGUGUUCGUAGGGAGCUGAUAUUUUCUCCUGAGCUGCAGCAGAGAAUGAGAGAGGAGAGAAAGCAGACAGAUAAUGAACUCCACAAAAUGACCACAGAAAGAGAUUCUCUCCGUGAGAGACUCAAGGUGGCUCAGACUUCAGCUCUGACAGACAGAGAGCAGGAGGAGAUGAGAAUACUGGAGCUGGAGAACACUGUUCAAACGCUGGAAAGAGAGCGAACAGACCUGCGCACUCAGGUAGCUGUAUUGAAGGAAAGCCGUGUGGCUGUUGAAGAGGAGCUGAAGGCUCGCUCAGCAGCUCUACUUCAGACCGCAGAGGAGACGGCACAGCAGAGGGCAGAGAACAGUGCACUUAGGCUGCUGCAGGAGCAGAUGGAGAGGUCGCUCUCUGAUAUUCAGCACAGAUUGUCUGUGAAGACCAGUGAAUUGCAGGCAGCUCACCAACAAAUAGACAAGCUAGAGGACAAAAUAACUGAGCUGAGUAGAAAUGGCUCCUCUCAGAACGAUGAGGUGGUAGCGCUGAAGAAUGCCAUCGCGUCUCUGGACCAUGAGAAGGAUGCUUUGCAAGAGGCAGUGGACCAAAAGACUGAGAGCAUGGUCCUGCUGCAAGACCAACUGUAUAGUAAGGAGAAGACACUGACAGAAGUCAGACUCACAGUUACAGAGAUGGAGAACUCUUUAGACCAGCUGAAAGGGGUGCUGAGCAGUCGUGAGCGGGAGAUUACUAGUCUGCGCAGACAGCUAGACCAAUCGCAUGAGGAGCUUUCAUCAGUCAGCCAUGACCGAGAGAUGGCACUGAGAGAAAACCGACGACUACAGGAUGAUCUGGCCACCAUGACCAGAGAAAACCAGGCAGUGCAUGCAGAGAUGGAAGAGGCUUUGAGAGAGAGGGACGAGCUGAAGAUGAGAGUUCACUCCUACAUCUCUGAGGUGGCCAAGAUAGAAAAAAUGAUGGCAGCUAAGGAACAGGAGAACAGGGAGAUGUUGGAGCGCUUUCGCAUGGCGCACUCGGACGCUGAGGAGCGUGAACUGAAACUGCAGCAGGCUGAGGGCCUCAACAACUCUAUCAAACUGGAGCUGCUGUCCUCUGACACAGAGCGCAGACACCUCAGAGAAAGAGUUUCGCUGCAGGAGCGAGAGAUACAGGAGCACAUGAAUGCGCUGCAGGCCUAUGAGGCUCAGGUAUCCUCACUGGCACGGACAAUGUCUCGGUUGGAGGAGGAACUGCAGACAGCUCGGGUGGAGAAAACCUCAGUGUUAGCUGAUCUUGCCUCUGUGCGAGAGCUCUGCGUCAAACUGGACUCCAGCAAAGAGCUGAUUUCACGGCAGCUAACUGCCAAGAGCAUGGAACUAGAGAGGGUGACUGGUGAGCUGGAGGAUGUGCGGUCAGAGACAGAGCUUUUGAAGAAACAGCUGGCCAGUGAGAAGGCGACUGUGCGGAAUCUCGAGACGCUGUUGUCCACGAACCGGCAGAAAGAGUUCCAGAGCCACCUCAGCGCAAGCGAGAAGGAAUCAGAACUGAAAGUGCUCAAAGACCGCCUGGCCCUUGCAGACAGCAAAACGGCGAGUCAUGCUAGAGAAGUUUCUCAGCUGCGAGGAAAAGUCUCUCAGCUCCAGACAGAGAUGGAUGUGCUGAAGAGGCAGCUGACAACGGAACGCUUUGAGAGGGAGAGAGCAGUCCAGGAGAUGCGCAGACAGGGUGUUUCUUUCUCUUCGCUGCGUAGCUCUUCACCCCUCAGUGCCUCUCUCAGUCCCCGCCCACUUUCCCCUGAACGGUCUAUCCUGCGCACACCAGAGCGCUUAAUAGACAAAUCAUCAGAAAAAAGUGUGAGCUUUAAGGACUAGAGAAGAAAUAAGGCUGGAAGAACUGAGGAAGUUGGACGUCUGUGGCAGUUCUUGCCAGAAAAGCUUACGGUUGGCAGUCCCUCUCAUCUCAAAUGAUAUGUAUACUUCUGUAUGAGAGUUCAUUUUCAGUAUUUUGUACCUGAAUCUGUUGUCUUCAAUUCUCAGUGGCACAGCUAAAUUAGCUUUAUUAACCCACAUAACACUGCUUUUGCCUCAAGGUAGGCACUCCCAUACAUUCUGACUUGGACAAAAAUCAAAACAGAAGUCUUUCUCACUAUCUAGAAGGUUCCACCCUUCACCCUUUGAAAAUACACCAUUUCUUCACAGGGACAAGUGUGAUCAUGCCACCAAAGCCAAACAGAAAAGCACAUUGUUUAUGUAAUAAUGAUUUUCUUAAUAACUUGAAGGAAAUUAAUUCUGUGUUGUGUGUCAGAUAUGAAUAUUUUUAUGUUUAUUAAUUUAUGUAUUUUUGUACUUUGUAUAGGGAAAACAAGGCAUUUUUUUUAGCAUUUGUAGCAUUUAUCUCCUGUGACGUUUUUUAAAAUUGCAGUAUUUUUAUAUGAAGUGUUACUUUUAGAGAUGCUCGAGCGCUUUUAAAGGAACUGGCUGUGAAAGUGACCAAACAAUACUGUGAAAAUGGGAUAUGACCAUUGUACUCAGGUCUGUCAAUGUUACACAGAGAAGCCACUGCUCUGAACAUCCAAACAUGUUAAUAAUGUUCCAUGUCUGUGUUGUGCGUUCCACAUGAUGUGUUGUUUACUUGAAUUAUUAACUUAUUC